AUGUAUUUCAUCCUUUCCGAUGUCAAAAUCGAUUAUGAACAAGAAUUAAUAUUCUCAUUACCAUUGAAUUUAAAAUCAACUAUACACGACAUAGCUAUUAGUUUUCUUGAGUUAAUUGAUAUUAUUCAAAAUCCUUUGAUUAUUAUGAUUUUCUUUUCUAUAAUUAAAGCAACAAAUAGCACUGGUCAAACAUCAACAAUUAGUGGUACUAAAGGUGAUGAGAUAUUCGAUGUGUCAGGCUAUUCAAUUUAUCCAACAUCAACAAUUAGUGGUACUACAAGUGGUAAGAUAUUCGAUGUGUCAGGCUAUUCAACUUAUCCAACAACAACAACAACAAUAGCUAAUGUAGAAAAACGUCGUCGUAGAUCUAUUAUUCAAUCAUCUCAAAGUAUUACUCAUAUGCCGAUCGGUGGUUGUCUGAUCAUUAGUCUUAAUCCUAAUACUACAAAUUUAGUUGAAAAUCUUUAUAAAGAACAUAUUUUUCUUAAAUAUUUUCCAUUUGGUGUACAAUCUCUAGUUGGUAUUGAUGGACAAAAAAUUGAUUUAUUUAAUUAUUUACGUGAAAAUAAAAUAUCAAAAUAUACUUAUAAUCAAUUAAUUAGUCAAGAUUAUAUUAUUAAUGGUAAUUAUCUUACAAUGGGAGCUUUAGGUUGUCUUGAAUCACAUGUUCGUGCUUGGAAAUAUGUUGUUAAAUUAAAUAUGCCUAUGCUUAUAUUAGAAGAAGAUGUACAAUUAAAUAAAGAAUUAUUAAAUAUUAUGUUUCCUUAUUUAAUUUAUUCAUUACCAACAAAUUUUAGUCUUUUCUAUUUUGGUAAUUUAGUUGGUAAAGAAAUGGAAACAAAAUUAAUAGAUUAUAAUGAAUUUUUAUGGAAAAUAAAUGGUUCUAAUUGGGGUACAUAUGCAUAUAUAAUAAGUCCUUCAUGUGCAGCAACAUUACUUAAUUUAAUUUAUCCAAUUCAAGCUCAAGUUGAUUCAAUGAUUAUUAAUAUUGCAAAUUUAGAAUUAUUUGAUGUAUUUAUGUCAAAAAUUCUUUUAGUGAAUACUAAUUAUAAAUAUAAUAGAAAAUCAUAUGUUCAACGUUAUUUGAUUUCACCAAUUAUUAUUCCACGUAUUUUUCAUUUUAUUUGGCUUAAUAAUAAUUCUCUAUCAGAUAAUUCUCAACGAUAUCUUGAAUUAUGGAAAAAAUAUCAUCCAAAUUGGAAAAUAUUUUUAUGGACACAUGAAACAAUAAUUAAUCGAAAAUUAUCAUUAUAUAAUCAAAAACGUUUUCAAAAUUCAAUUCGAAAUUUUCGACAAGCAUCAGAUAUUUUACGUUAUGAAAUUCUUUAUCAAUAUGGUGGUAUUUAUAUAGAUUUAGAUUUUGAACCAUUAAAAAAUCUUGAAAUACUUUUACAUGGUAUACAAGCAUUUGUUGCUUAUGAAAGUGAAUAUUUCAUUUGUAAUGGUAUAUUUGGUGCUAUUCCUGGUCAUGAAUUAACACAACGAUUAAUUAUACAAUUAGAAUCAAAUUGGGCUCUAUAUGAAAAUGGAACAAUUAAUCAACAGACAGGUCCAUAUUAUAUAACAAAACAAGUUAAAAUUAUGCAACAAGAAGAGAAGACAACAAUGAAAGAUGGUUUUCAAAUAUUUGCACCUCAUAUUUUCUUUCCUUAUGCAUGGUAUGAAAAAGAUCCAGGCCAUCCAUAUGAUCCAUUGGCAUUUGCUGUACAUCAUUUUCGUUCAAUAGCUCAAAUAAAACAAGAUACUAAAGAAAAAUAUUAA